CAAAGACGUGGUUUGAUUUGAGUUAUGCAAUAGAAUGAUUUUGAAAGUCAGUCCACUUUGUUAAAUAGGUCUUGCUGACCUUAUUUUGUUUAAUUGUUCCAGGUACGAUCCGAGAAUGAACACAUGGACCAAGCAGGCAGCGAUGCUGAGCAGACGCAGCGGGGCCGUGGCUGCUGUGCUGCAGGGUCAGCUGUAUGUGAUGGGAGGCAAUGACGGGGUGAUGGCUCUGAACUCAGUGGAGCGAUACAACCCUGUAGACGGUACCUGGUCGAUAUGCGCCCACAUGCUGAGUCCCAGGGAGAACGCGGGCUGCGCCGUGUACUUGGGACACAUCUACGUGGCUGGAGGCAGAGACGAGCUCAACCUGGAGCUCUGCGGAGUGGAGAGGUUUGACCCAGACAGCAUGAGGUGGACUCCUGUCAAACGCAUGAGGAGCAAGAGGGACAAUAUGUCCCUUGUAGUGUUCAAUGGAGCCUUGAUGGCUGUUGGAGGUUCUGAUGGUGUCAUCAAUCUGAAAACAAUAGAAGUGUACUGUCAUGUAACCAACACAUGGAGACACUUUGGAAGCAUGAAGAGCAAGCAUCCAGGAGGCAGAGUGGCUGUGCUGUGCUGA